AUGGGCAGCUUCCAGCUGGAAGACUUUGCGGCGGGCUGGAUCGGAGGUGCAGCCAGUGUCCUUGUUGGACACCCUCUGGACACAGUCAAGACUCGCCUGCAAGCCGGUGUGGGCUACAGGAACACGCUCAGCUGCAUCCGCAUGGUGUACAAGAAGGAGAGUGUGUUUGGCUUCUUCAAGGGCAUGUCCUUCCCCCUCGCCAGCAUCGCUGUCUACAACGCCGUGGUGUUUGGGGUCUUCAGUAACACUCAGCGGUUUCUCAGCCAGCACCGCUGCAGGGACCUUGAAGCCAGCCCAUCCAGCACCCUGUCUGACCUACUCCUGGCCAGCAUGGUGGCUGGUGUAGUCUCUGUCGGGCUGGGUGGGCCUGUGGACCUCAUAAAGAUCCGGCUACAGAUGCAAACACAAUCCUUUCGAGGAGCCAACCUUCAUUUGAAGCCCAGGGCUGUGGCUCUGGGGGAGCAGCCAGUGUACCACGGGCCUGUGCACUGCAUGGCAACCAUAGUGCGGAAUGAGGGCCUGCUGGGCCUAUACCGGGGUGCCAGUGCCAUGCUGCUGAGGGAUGUCCCAGGCUAUUGCCUCUACUUCAUCCCCUAUGUGUUCUUGAAUGAGUGGAUCACACCUGAGGCCUGUGCAGGCCCCAGCCCCUGUGCUGUGUGGCUGGCGGGAGGCCUAGCAGGAGCAAUUUCUUGGGGGACAGCAACUCCUAUGGAUGUCGUGAAAAGUCGACUCCAGGCUGAUGGGGUUUAUUUCAGCAAAUACAAAGGUGUCUUGGACUGUAUCUCCCAGAGUUACCAACAGGAAGGUCUUAAAGUGUUUUUCAGGGGCAUCACUGUGAAUGCUGUGCGGGGGUUCCCCAUGAGUGCAGCCAUGUUCCUUGGCUAUGAGCUGUCACUGCAGGCGAUCCGCGGGGACCACACGGCAACAGAUCCAUGA